AUGACUCAUUUGCCACCCCCACCUCCUGCCACCACUCAGAAGCCAACGCAUACCAAUACCUUUGUACAUAAACUAUACAACAUGGUAAUUGACAGCCAUUAUCAACACUUAAUUGCAUGGGCUUAUGCAGGCACAUCUUUCAUUGUAUGUAAUAUAAUGGAAUUUUCCCGUGAUGUCUUACCAAAGCAUUUCAAGCAUAACAAUUUUAGUAGUUUUGUUCGUCAAUUGAAUAUGUAUGGUUUUCAUAAGGUGAAUAAGUCACCAAGAGGUCAUCGAACAUUAGCAGAAAAUCAGAUAUGGGAAUUCAGUCAUGCAAAGUUCAUCAGAAACAAACCAGAUCUGUUAGACGAAAUCAAACGUAAAACAAUGGAAACCUCUGAUCUGAACCGACGAGACACCAACAGCAGUCAAAAUCAACUAGAGCUGCAGAAUCAUUUAUCAAUCUUACAGAAUGCACAAGCUGAAAUGAUACAGCAAAUCCAGCAUUUAUAUAACAAUUUCAAAGACGUGCUGAAGGAAUUAGAAUCCACCAAACAAAAACAAGAGAACCACUUUGAAAUGAUGAGAUCAUUGAUGAACUAUAUCCUCCAGCAAAAUAAUGGACAGAUA